AUAAAAGGCAUUGAAGGCACAAAACUAGAUGACUACUUUCUUGACAUGAAGGAAAGGAAAAUAGAUCUCACUAAUCAAGCUGUUUCAGAAAUUCUUUUGAAAGCCACAGAAUACAUUCAGCCCAAUCCAGGCGGUGCACUGAUCGAAAUGGGCAAGGCCAUGAAGCUGAUGGCGGAGGUGAAAGAAUCCUUUGAUAUUAACGUCAGGGAAACCUUUAUCGAUCCACUCCAGUUAGUCCACAACGAAGAUUUAAAACAGAUUUCGCAUCACCUGGAGAGGCUGGAGGGCCGCCGCCUGGACUACGAUUAUAAAAGGAAGCUUGUUGGAAAGAUCCCCAACGACGAGAUCACACUAGCAAUGGAAAAGUUCAAGGAGUCCAAGGACAUGGCAGAGAGAAGCAUGUUUCAUUUUUUAGAAAAUGACAUAGAGCAACUCAACCAGCUGGCCGAGUUUGUCCAGGCGGCUCUAGACUAUCACCAGCAGUCAGCUAACAUCCUGCAGAUGCUGCAGAGGAAGCUGCGGAUUCAAAUCACGGCUGCUUCCACUCUGGGCAGAAGAAACUUCAGGCCACAGCCCCUGAGAAGGUAUCCAAGUGCACUCAAUGUGUCCGCCGCCUCCUCGAAAGCAUCAGGGCCCUGGUCAGUUUGGCUCAGUGGAUAAAGCAUCAGUCUCAAACAGAAGAGAUAUUGGCAUAAAACGGAUCAGGAGGAGGCCUCUUCUGAUGAGAGUGUAUCUAUACAAGUGGAUGCAAAAGUCAUGGCUUCCAAGAGCUCCAGCAACUCAGAGGACCCAUCUCUGUAAGCAGUGUUUCUCAGUUUUGAAAGAUAUUCUGCACCUGACUGAGUCACAAGCAGCAGACUUUGA